AUGGAUAAACUGAGAAAAGCUUUAAGUGGAAAUGACAGUAGUAGUGUAGAUGAAGAAACUGGUAUUAUAGGACAGAUUUCAGAAAGUAUGACUUUGAGUAAGACAACUAGAAUCAAAGGAUUUAUUAUAUUAUUUGUAUCAGGAAUAUUUUGUUCACUUCUUGGUUCAUUUUGUUUUUUUAUCGGUUUAGGCCUUGGCAGUUUUGCUAUAUUUUACACACUUGGAAACAUAGUGUCACUAGGGAGCACUUGUUUUCUCAUGGGACCAGUUAAUCAAAUUAAAAAAAUGUUUGCUCCUACCAGAGCUAUUGCUACAAUUCUUGUUAUCGUUAUGUUUUGUCUAACUUUAUUCGCUGCUUUUGUUGCUAAAAAAGGACUUUUGGUUAUUAUAUUUGUUGUUUUGCAAUCGCUUGCAAUGACUUGGUAUUCUUUGUCGUACAUUCCAUAUGCAAGAGACGUUGCUAAAAUAACAGUUUCUUCCUGCAUAGGAUGA